CCCACGUGGUCUCUCUGACUGGUCACCUGUACUGUAAUUAGAUCUUCAGCCCGCACACCGUUGUCUCUAAUGGAUUUUGAAAGCUCUUUUCGUUGUUCGCCAUUUGUUUCGUGGAAAAAAUAACUCUAGUGACUCUCAAUGAAUCCGGAUGUCGUUUUUCCUAGUAUCUCCUCGAUGUGAGCGUUUCGGGUGCAUUCGGUGACAUCAUGCGUCGACUUCUUUGUGUGCAUGUACUCCUAUGCUGCCUCAGUAUGGCUCAUCCCUUCUGUCCAUCCCAGUGUACCUGUGUCUUCCAUGGACGUACCGAUGGAACAGGAACCAGAUCUGUUCUCUGCAAUGACCCAGAUAUGUCUGACAUCCCUGUCAAUGUCCCUGUGGAUACAGUCAAACUUCGAAUUGAGAAAACUGCAAUACGGCGAAUCCCAACAGAAGCUUUUUACUAUCUAGUGGACCUGCGAUACCUGUGGAUUACCUAUAAUUCCAUAACCUCAGUGGAUACUGCUAGUUUCUACAACCUAAAAGUGCUCCAUGAGCUAAGGCUGGAUGGAAAUAUGAUCGCUAUCUUCCCUUGGGAGUCUCUCAAAGAGAUGCCUAGGCUGAGGACACUGGAUCUUCACAACAACAGACUCACUAAUGUUCCCACCGAGGCGAUCCCUUACCUCCUCAACAUUACCUACUUGGAUCUAUCCAGCAACAAAUUUUCCACCCUGCCCUCUGAUCUCAUGGAUAUCUGGCCACCCUUCAAUGGACUACCCGUCUCUACUAAUGCCUCUCAGAAAGUUGUGUUAGGCCUCCAGGACAAUCCCUGGUUCUGUGACUGCAAAAUCUCCAAGCUGAUAGAGAUGUCCAAAAUGGCGGACACACCAGUGGUUUUGAUGGAUCUAUUCUUAACCUGCGCUGGACCAGAGAAUCUGGCAGGUGUCCUUUUUCAGCGGGCUGAACUUGACAACUGCGUAAAACCAUCAGUGAUGACAUCUGCAACCAAGAUCACAUCUCCUUUGGGCAGUAACGUUCUCCUGCGUUGUGACGCCACAGGGUUUCCAACACCAACUCUUUACUGGGCCAAGUCAGAUGGCUCACCAGUCAACAACACAGUCCAGGAGUCACCGGGGGAUGGCAUCAGGUGGUCCAUCAUGAGCUUACAUGGGAUAGUGUACAAAGAUGCUGGAAACUACAGCUGUAAAGCCAAGAAUGUUGCUGGCAAUGCAGAAGCCACCAUCUCUCUCUCAGUUGCUGGUACUUUCAGCACUACCAUCCCUCCACCAAGGCCCGGCACUGGAACUGGACCAACCAGCCUGGGAACAACAUUUAUUCCCCCAACUGACAUUACCAGCUCACCCUUCGUCACAUCCACAGUCCUCCCAAGAACAUCAACCGUAUCUGCUGUCCCUAGGAAGCCAAAAACUACUCCCAGCAGCGGUUUACAGAAAGGCUCACUGAAGCAAACAAAAAGCCAGCAAGGAGGAAAUGGAAGAAAACUUGCAGCAGAUGAAAAGAGCAAGAAAAGUGAUGCCUCGAAGUCUGUUAAGGAUCUAAAGAUUGUAGAGGAAACGGCUGAUAGUGCAGUGUUGCUCUGGACUGCAGAUGGGUUACCAAAUGAGGCCCCACUUACAGUUGUAUAUUCACCAUAUGGUGAGGAUGACAGUAAGAGGACAGUGGAGACUAAUGCUGGCAGUGGAAAAGUGCUCCUAGAUGGACUGUCAUCUGGGAUGAGGUACUCCGUUUGCCUCUUUGCGAAAGGUAGUGCAGCUGGAAAAGAUCCCUGCAUUGACUUCUACACACUGGACAACAUAGAGGAUGACGGGCAGAACCAGCUUUUCAUGAUCAUAAGCGGGAUUGCCUGUGCUUUGGUUCUGCCUCUGAUUGCCCUGCUGAUCUACAAGAUCCUCGCUCUGUACUGUAAAGGAAGCAGCACAGAGUUGGAUGAAGAAGAGCUUGAAAAAGAGAGCUAUGUCAAGUUUGAGACAAUUUCAAUGAAACAAAGGACAAUGAACUCUCACCCAACUGAACUUUGGGCAAGGAGACCAACUCAUGAAUCAGAGCGAAUGCUUCUCUGUUCCAGGUCAAGCAUUGACUCCCAGAUGACCUAUAAGAGUGACAGUUCCCGGUCUGAAUAUCUCUGCUGAUUUAAGAAUCCAUGGCCAAUGCCCAAACACCAUGCUAGUAUUACAUUAUAUUAAACACUCUUUAUAUGCCUUUCAUGACAAAGACAAAAAAAUGAUUACCUACAAAGUCAUGUAUAAAUUUUUAUAAAUGUUUUUUUUUCACGUCAGCAGGCUCUAAAGAAUUAUCAUGUUGUGAUGAAGAGAACAAAACAUUCUUCUGCACUUUCCGAUAUCUAUUCAUUUAUAAAGAUUUAUAUAAUGAAGUACAAAAGUGUUGUUAACGCAGAAUCAUUCCAAUGUGUCCAAUAUUUUUAUUUAUGUCCUUAUGUCUUGGAGCCUUACAUUAACACCCAUUUAUUCAAUAAUACCACAGCACAGCACCUGUAUGGGAUUUAAAAAUAUACAUAGUAGCAUACAAAGAGCCAGUCAGUUAACGGUGUCUGAUAUUUGACUGUUUUCAAUGCCAAAGUUGCAAUGUGGCAGAUAUAAAUAUUGUGGUGGUGUCAGAGAAGAUCUAUAAUCCUCCCCAUCACAUUUACAGCAUCAUUGUCGCUUUAAGCAUCAAGCCGAUUGUUGCCUUACUGGACAAGAAAGUACUGUCAGUGUGUGAUAGAAUACAGUGUGUGACUUUUGCCACUUUAUAUGAUUAUAUGUAUAUAACUGUCUAUACAUGAAGUUGUACAUUUGUUUUUAAUAAAUUGUUGAAUUAUGUGUUGCAUACUA